AUGGCAGCUGAAGUAUCGACAUGUCCUUUCUGCAACAUUGCAGCAUCGAACCCGCCAGCCCCUUUCAGUGAUCUGGACUCUGGCUCAAGCCUAUCCGAAUCAGCAUCCGAGGGCACAGCUCAUCCGAUUCUGUCGACGGAGCAUGUACUUGCUUUCUUAGAUAUUAUGCCUCUCACAAAUGGACAUGUCCUUGUUGCUCCACGAAAGCAUUACGAGAAGCUGGGUGAUAUGGGGGUUGCAGCGGGGCAGGAGAUGGGGAAAUGGCUUCCGAUUAUUUCAAGGGUCGUCACGAAGACUGUUUUCGGGGAUGACCCGGAUAGACAUUGGAAUGUUGUCCAGAAUAAUGGCGCUCGAGCGGCACAACAAGUACCUCAUGUCCACUUCCACAUCAUCCCUCGACCAUCAGAUUUCGCUCACAAGCCGAGCUUUGCUAUGUUCGGUCGUGGUCAGCGACAUGAGCUUGACGAUGAGGAGGGCGCUGCACUAGCUCGUGCUAUGAGGGUUGAGUUGGACCUUGAGAUCAAGCGUAUACAAAAAGAAGAGGGCGUGGUUCUCAGUCACACAUCGGAGAAGGGCAAAUUGUGA